GUUACAUGUUUAAUGAAAGGUUUCAUUGUGUUUAACCUUAAUUUAAAUUUAGCAAAAACACGGAGUUACUUCACUCUAAAUUUGACCAAAUUAGAUCGUUUUUUCCAAAGUUUUUAUUUCGGAGGUAAAUUAUACCUGAGGCCCAAUAUUUACUUCCGGUGUAGCAUGGUCGCUGUAAAAUGGGGCAAGCUGACUUCAGGUGCAUAGAAUGCAACGAAAAGGCGACUGAGCUGCACAGAGAUUACAGUAACGGCAUACUGAAGAUAACGUUAUGUGCAUCAUGUCAGAAGCCAGUGGACAAAUAUAUAGAAUAUGAUCCAGUUAUCAUAUUGAUUGAUGCCAUCUUGUGCAAGACGCAGGCGUUCAGACACAUUCUGUUCAACACAAGCAUGGAUAUCCACUGGAAGCUGUGCAUGUUCUGCGUGCUGUGCGAGGCCUACCUCAGGUGGUCCUUGCUGCACAGUUCGGAGCCAAGCGGCGACCCCGCUGACAUUAUCAGGUACACUAAGGAAUGGGAAUUCUACGGCAUGGUUGCCUUAGCAGCACUGGAGCUGUCAGCGUUCUGCGGCGGCGUGUUGUGUUUCCUCCGGGCGAUGCCAGGUCGCCUCAAGGGUCCCGACGUGGAGCUUGGCGUACUCCUGCGAGCGCUUCUCCUGUCCUGCUACGGCAAGGUACUCCUCGUCCCCGUCGUCAUUUGGGAGCAUGACUUCUCGCCGCUCUGCCUGGGAUUCAUCAAGCUGUUUGUGCUCACCUCCAACAGUCAAGCCAUCAGAGUGAUUCUCAACUGCAGAAGGCGUCUGGCGUUGUCGGCCAUCGGCGUGGGCCUGCUGUUGGAGACGUCCGUCAUUCAGGCCUGUAAGUGGCUCGCGUGGAGCAUCCAGGACACGGCCAUGUUCGAUUGAACACCUUUUUUAUUCACCUCAGGGAUGAUGGACUUACUGGGAACUUGAUUUACUUUUUUAAAAAUGCAUCAAAGCACAGACAGACUAUGUUGAUUUAUUUUGAGGCUUUACACUAUGAUACACGCUGUACACUGACUACUUUACAUUCAAUCAAAGUGUCAUUUCUUCAUGGUCCCCCCAUGAAAAGAUUUAGCUGAAACGGGGGUUACAGUGGAACCUCGAUGUAUGAACGCCUCUAUUUGUUAGAUCUAGCCAAAUAUGUCUCUGUUAAAAAAUGGUUCAACGUACAAACGCUUCAUUUAUUUAUUAAUUUUGUCUGUCGCUGGAAGCCCUAUUAAGUGCUUUCGUUUUAAUGACAUCAGUUCCGGCACACACGGCCAUUUUAAAGAGGCGGGGCCUCGUGUGACAUAAUUUUCAUAUACCGUAUUUUUCGGACAAUAAGUCGCAGUUUUUUUCAUAGUUUGGCCGGGGGUGCGACUUAAACUCAGAAGCGACUUGUGUGUGAAAUUAUUAACACAUUACCGUAAAAUAUCAAAUUACAUUAUUUAGCUCAUUCACAUAAGACGAAAAAGAUUUCAUGGGAUUUAGCAAUUAGGAGUGACAGAUUGUUUGGUAAACAUAUAGCAUGUUCUAUAUGUUAUAGUUAUUUGAAUGACUCUUACCAUAAUAUGUUACGUUAACAUACCAGGCACCUUCUCAGUUGGUUAUUUAUGCGUCAUAUAAUGUACACUUAGUCAGCCUGUUGUUCACGAUUCUUUAUUUAUUUUAAAUUGCCUUUCAAAUGUCUAUACCUGGUGUUGGGUUUUAUCAAAUAAAUUUCCCCCAAAAAUGCGACUUAUACUCCAGUGCGACUUAUAUAUGUUUUUUCCUUCUUUAUUACGCAUUUUCGGUAGGUGCGACUUAUACUCCAAAAAAUACGGUAUGCGAAGAGUAGAUGGCGGCACCGCCAAUGGCACACUGAUUGGCUCGCAAAUAUGGAAGAAACUAAUUCCACAAUUGCAACCAUUAUAACAAAAAGGCCGUUUGUAUGGUUGCUGACUUUGCCAAAAGGGUUAAAUAUCUUAGCAAAGACAGACAGAAAGCGCAAAACCAAGUUGAAAAGCUGUUGCUCCUGUUGAUGAAUGUGAAGCAGCCAGCAGGUAAAAGCAUUUCCGAGGCUAUCAUGUGCAAAAAUGCUAGCCAUUUAUAUGGUGACUUGAUGUUCAAAAGCGCUGAGCCAGCACGGAAGAACAAUUUAGAGCGAAUUUAGGGUUGGAAAAGUUUAAGAAGGGGAGUUGGCGUUCACUGCAUGGCUGCUGGCUCUGACAAAGCUGUUCCGGAGGUGUUUAUCAAGCACUAGAAGAUAUUCAUCAGUGAAGGGGGAUUCUAUCGCAGCAAGAUUUUAACUCUGAUUAAACCAAACCCUUAUUUUUUAAUAUAGUUUUUUUAUUUUUACUUUUUUUUAAAUAUCCCUGAGGAGAAGGCACAACCGAGACACAAAUCGAUGAAGGAUCGCCGUUUACAAAUCCGAAACUCCCAGACUAUUAAAAAAAAAAAAGCCAUAAAAAAAUCACAGACACAAGGUAAAAAGGAUUUUUUUUUUUUUUUUUUUUUUUGUACGAACAUGGUUGAUUACGUUUUGGCGAGCACCAAAGGCAAAGAGGCGUUUGAGUGUGUGCAUGCUUUGACGGUUGGGCUGACUGGUGUUGUUUUGUUUUGUUUUUUGAUCAAAAAGAGAUUGUUGAAACAUUACAGUUGUGAGCAAAAUUAUUCAACCCCCACACAAUUUUGGUGUUUUAGCAAGUAGGACAUUUAUUCUGUGUUUUGUUUAUAGUCAUAUCAAAUAAAUAUGCAUAAAAUAGACAAAUGCAACUUGAAUUACAACAUUAUAUUUUGUAACAUACCAAACAGUGUCAUUUCUCUUGAUAUCUCAUUGACAAAAUUAUUCAACCUCUUGAAGAUCAUAACUCUUAAGAACAGAAUUUGAAUAAGGUAUUUUCAAUCAGGUGUUGAAAACACCUGUAGAUGUGAUUAGAACCAUAACAAGCAACAAUUAAACUGAUUGAAAAAGACUAUGACGCUCAGCUUCUUGUAGAUGGUCAAUGGUGUAUUUGCAACAUGGUGAAGUCCAGGGACUGGUCAAAGAAGUCAAGAGAGGAGGUAAUUUCUCUUCAUAAGAAAGGAUAUGGAUAUAAGAAAAUAGCAAAGACAUUACACAUUCCAAGAGACACAGUUGGGAGCAUAAUUCACAAGUUUAAAGCUAAAGGCACAGUGUAAACACUACCUGGGCCUGGUAGAAAGAGGAGGCUGUGUGCAACUGCUGUCUGGUAUUUGAAGCGUACAGUGGUGAAAAACCCCCGGGUAACAGCUGAGGAACUACAACAGGACAUUGCAGAGGGGGGAACGCAGGUUUCGUCCCAGACAAUAAGGCGCGCACUACGAGAUGAAGACCUCCAUGCCAGAACUCCCAGGCACAAGAAAAAUAGACUCCAGUAUGCCAAAAAUCAUCUGGACAAACCCCAAAGGUUUUGGGAAACUGUUCUAUGGAGUGAUGAGACAAAAAUGGAACUCUUUGGGCUUAUGAAUCAACGUUAUGUCUGGAGGAGAAAAAAUCAAGCUUACAAAGAGAAGAACACCUUGCCUACUGUUAAGCAUGGUGGGGGGUCAAUCAUGCUCUGGGGCUGUUUCUCUGCUUCAGGUAUCGGGAAUCUCCAGCGCGUUUAAAGGCAUUAUGAAUUCUAUUUCCUACCAGGAUAUAUUAGCUGCAAAUGUCAUGAAGUCAGUGACGAAGCUGAGGCUUGGGAGACGUUGGACCUUCCAACAGGACAACGAUCCCAAACAUACCUCCAAAUCAACAUCAGAGUGGUUGCAGAAGAAGGGCUGGAAGACUCUGGAGUGGCCUUCACAUUCGCCAGACCUAAAUCCUAUAGAAAACCUAUGGUGUGACUUGAAGAAGGCAGUUGCAGCACGCAAGCCCAAGAAUAUGAAUGAACUGGAGGCCUUUGCCCAAGAGGAAUGGGCUAAAAUACCUGUAGAUGGUUGCAAGAAGCUUGUGUCCGGUUAUGUAUCACGUUUGAAGGAUGUCAUUACUGCCAAAGGGGUGUUCUACUAAGUACUAAAGAUGCAUGUAACUAGGGGGUUGAAUAAUUUUGUCAAUGAGAUAUUAAGAAUAAUGUCCUUUUUUGGUAUUUUGUAAAAUACAGUGUUACAAUUUAAGUUGCAUUUGUCUAUUUGACACAUCUUUAUUUAAUAUGACUAUAAACAAAAUACGGAAUAAAUGUCCAACUUGCUAAAACACCAAAAUUGUGUGGGGGUUGAAUAAUUUUGAUCACAACUGUAUCCCCUUGUUUGUUAGUUUGAUAUGGAUACAGUACAUACAUAUACAAUAUAGUGUCUUCAAAGUGUGCAUUUUAUUUGAUAAAAUAGGGACUUUUGUCGAGACGAAAACCAAUUAUUCAUGUUAAAAUAGUUUCUUAUGGGGAGCUUUGCUUCUUUAUACAAACUUUUCGGUUUGCGAACAAACCAUGUUCAAGAACCAUAAAAUCGAGGUUCCACUGUACUGAAAAUAGUCGUAAUUUAGUCGACGUUUAUGAAAUGUAUUUUUCUUCUGUCUUCUAAACAGUACUUAAGAUACCAAUCAAAAUGAGUUAAACAUUUGAUUAUGUUUCUUCAUAUGGUUUGGGGGGGAGAAAAAUGUAACGUAAACAUACAAUGUAACCUGAAAACGAACAAAGGUUUCACCCAAACAAUCGACAAACAUGCAUUUGUAUUUUUAAUAUCACAUUUUUUUAUUUUUGAUAUUUAUUUAUAUUUGGUUUAACGAUGCAAUGCCAUUUUUAAAAAAAACAUUUGUUGGGUCAUAUUUUUGUACAAGACUACCUAAAUACCAGUGCAAGCACAUUUUUGUGCAUUGAUUUCUUUCAAUUUCAUGGUGGAUAUAACUUUCAUAUUAACUGGAGCAAAGAAUAUGCGGGGUGAAACACAUAUUUUUGUAUUUUUAAUGCCACACUGGGCAAUCUGGAUCAGAUUCAAAUUAAAUGUGUUUUUUGUUGCAACACUAA